GAAGAUGGCGGCCGUUAAGAUUCAAUCAUGUGUGUUGUCUGUUUUACUUUUGAACGUUUUCUACGGUUUAGUGUCCCCCUUGUACUUCCACAUAGGGGAGACGGAGAAAAAAUGCUUUAUAGAGGAAAUUCCCGACGAGACGAUGAUCAUCGGGAACUAUCGCACCCAGCUGUACGACAAGCAGAGGGAGGAGUACCUGCCCGCCACACAGGGCCUGGGCAUGUUUGUUGAAGUCAAAGAUCCUGAUGAAAAGGUGAUCCUGUCCCGUCAGUACGGCUCGGAAGGCAGGUUUACAUUUACCUCCCACACACCAGGAGAGCACCAGAUCUGCUUGCACUCCAACUCCUCUAAAUUCGCCCUCUUCGCUGGAGGCAUGCUGAGAGUCCACCUGGACAUCCAGGUGGGGGAGCACACCAACAACUAUGCUGAGAUUGCUGCCAAGGACAAACUGACAGAACUGCAGCUCCGGGUCCGGCAGCUGGUGGAGCAGGUUGACCAGAUCCAGAAAGAACAAAACUACCAGAGGUACCGGGAGGAGCGCUUCAGGCAAACCAGUGAGAGCACCAACCAGAGAGUCCUGUGGUGGUCCAUCGUUCAGACUCUCAUCCUGGUUGCCAUCGGUUUCUGGCAGAUGAGGCACCUUAAGAGCUUCUUUGAGGCCAAGAAGCUUGUGUAGUGUCCCCUGGUGGAGAACUGGUGUUUGUGUUUGUGCGUGUGCGUGUGUCUGUUUUUGUGUGUCUGUUUAUUGGAUGCAGUAAAGAUAAGCAGCAGUUUGAAUACAAAUGGAUGCUGUUGCUGGAAGGACAAACUUGUCGACUGGUGAGGCGACGGGACACGGAGAGGUGAUUUUGAAUGACAGUGAAUCAGAUUAUUGGUUGUACUAUUAUUUUACCACCAUGUUUGUGACAUCCCCCCAUACAUAUAUAGAGUGGCAACAUAAAUAUUCUAUUUAUUUUCAACUAUAAUUUUUACUUUGACCAGUAAAUGGCUUUAUUUAAUUUGGACUCAUUUUCAUCCUCAAAAGAGUGAGACGCACGAGUUGCUUUCUCAGUGGAUCAAAACUACUCUCUGUCUGAAUUUGUCCUGAAGUUGUAGGCUGACUUCAUAAAAAUAGAUUUAAAGUGAUCUGCCAGGCCAACGUGCUUCGAAGUUUCGAGUGUGCGUUUUCAAACUGAUGUGACCGUUUCCUUUUUUCGCUACUCGUGUUAAAUGACUAAACAAAAUGUUACUGGCCGCAAGAGAUGUCACAUGUUACUUUGAGCCAGGCACGGGGAAGGAACAAGUCAGUUUCCUUCAACAGACGUGUUUCAGCAGGUGCAUUAGGUUGGUUCCUUGACCUUUGACUGAGGGCUGCACAUUUAUGAAUGACACGAUGAUACUGAAUUAUUGUCAACACAGUUAUUGUGAUUUAUUUGGGGACAAAAUGAUCCUGCUUAUUUUCUAAAACGGAAUAUUAACCUCGUCAGAGAGGGAAGUCGUUCUGCAGUUGUAAAUGAAAAGCCAUGACUUAUUAAAUGAUAUGAAUCAUGAUUGUACGAUUUAUACGCAAGUUGUUCAGUGGGUGCAGAUGAGAGUAUUUAAACAGCUGUCAGUUUGGACCAUGUUGCUCCGUCAGCCUCUACACUCGAUAAGAAACUGUGUUGAACCAAGUGUACAUUUAUUAAACUAAGCUGGAUCAGUGAAAUGUUUAUUUUGUGAUGCGCCUCAGCACUGCAUGACCUGCAGGUCUUGGAAGUAUUUUGACGGUUUCUACUGUUCUCUUCACAAAUGUUGUUCCACAAAACCUCAGCUGAACGAGAACCCCGAUUCCACAAACUUGUGUGGAUGAAGGUGCAGGUUUUCAGACAUGAUGACACUACAGUGUUUAAUGUUCUGUCCUUUAGGGUGUUCCCUCCGUCAUGAAGCCUUUAGUUGCUGCCGAGUUCAGACGUUGUAAAUGGUUUCUUCUCCUAGGAGAAACCUCAAGCCAAAAUCAGUUUCCUAGGACAUUGGCCAGCGAAUCAUGAUGCUAUGUCUAUCAUACUUCUGUUUCAUCUCACAAGGGCUUGAAAGAAGAUACUUUACAUGUAGAGAAAUUAGUUUUUGCUGAUCUGUGUGGCUAUCUUAAUUCACAUGGUUAAUUUUAGGUAUAGAAAAUGAAAAGCUGGGACUUGGGUUUAUUCUUACAUUGUUAUUUUGUCCUGUUUUCCCUCAGAGCUUUUUGUUUGUUAUGAUGAGAAACUGUCCACUGUUUGUUUUGGGGUAGACGGAAGGAGUGUUUUAAAAGUGUAUUCCUGGUUAGGAAGUGAAAUCAGUUGGUGAAGGCUUUAGGUAGGAGGGAUUCUGUACAUAUGAAAUCUGUUUGGAAUUGCACUCAGAAUAAAGUUUUGUCACAUUUGG